CGCAUCGCAUCGCGAGGCUUGGCGGGGAGGCUGUGCGGUGCCAGUGACCCAGGAUCAGCAGAGUCGGUGUUCGGCGGCACAGUAGUGUCGACUCGCCCUUGACGGACAAAAUGACCACGGUGGAGGAGCUGUACCGCAACUAUGGGAUACUGGCCGACGCCACGGAUAACCUGGGCCAGUACAAGGAUUCGUAUCAGGCUAUUCUAGAUGGUGUGAAGAGUGGAGCCAAGGAGAAAAGAUUGGCAGCACAAUUUAUUCCAAAGUUCUUCAAACAUUUUCCAGAGUUGGCAGAUAGUGCCAUCAAUGCUCAGUUGGAUCUCUGUGAGGAUGAAGAUCUUUCGAUUCGCCGUCAAGCCAUUAAAGAAUUGCCUCAGUUUGCAACAGGUGACAAUCUUCCAAGAGUUGCAGAUAUAUUAACACAGCUCUUACAGACUGAUGAUAAUGCCGAGUUCAACUUGGUAAAUAAUGCAUUAAUAUGUAUAUUCAAAAUUGAUGCUAAAGGAACCUUGGGUGGUCUUUUCACACAGAUAAUCCAAGGGGAAGACAUUGUGCGAGAACGUGCCAUAAAGUUUCUUUCCACAAAACUGAAGGCAUUACCAGAAGAAGUAAUGAACAAAGAAGUGGAAGAAUACAUUUUUGUUGAGUCUAAAAAGGUACUUGAUGAUGUUACAGGAGAGGAGUUUGUUUUAUUCAUGAAAAUUCUGUCUAGCCUGAAGAACCUUCAGACAGUGAGUGGUCGACAACAGUUGGUCGAGUUGGUGGCUGAACAGGCAGAUUUAGAGCAAGUGUUCAAUCCUGCAGAUCCCGAUUCCGUGGACAGAUUACUACAAUGCACAAGACAGGCUGUGCCGCUUUUCUCGAAAAAUGUUCAUUCAACCAGGUUUGUCACAUACUUCUGUGAGCAAGUAUUACCAAAUCUGAGCUCCCUUACUAGUCCGGUAGAAGGACUUGACAUUCAGUUGGAGGUUUUAAAGUUGCUGGGAGAAAUGACACCUUUCUGUGGUGAUAUGGAAAAGUUGGAAAGUAAUUUGAAGCAAUUAUUUGAAAAAUUGCUGGAAUAUAUGCCAUUGCCCCCAGAGGAAGCAGAAAAUGGAGAAAAUGCAGGCAAUGAGGAGCCUAAACUGCAGUUUAGUUAUGUUGAAUGUCUACUGUUUGGUUUUCAUCAACUUGGAAAGAAACUCCCAGAUUUCCUUACAGCAAAACUUAAUGCAGAACGACUCAAGGACUUCAAAAUCAGGUUACAGUAUUUUGCAAGAGGUUUACAAGUCUAUAUCAAACAACUGCGGCUUGCUUUGCAAGGGAAAACAGGCGAAGCCUUGAAAACGGAUGAGAACAAAAUUAAGGUUGUUGCACUGAAGAUAACCAAUAACAUUAACGUUCUUAUCAAGGACCUGUUCCACAAUCCUCCCUCUUAUAAAAGUACAGUCACCCUUUCUUGGAAGCCGGUACAGAAGGUUGAAGGAGGGCAAAAACGAAUGGCUGAGGAAAACACUUCAUCCCCUCCCAAGAAACAGCCUCCAGCACAAAAACGAGACACCAGGCAAAUCUAUAAUCCACCUAGUGGUAAAUACAGUGGCAAUCUUGGUAACUUUUCUUACGAACAAAGAGGUGGUUUCCGUGGAGGCAGAGGCCGAGGAUGGGGCGGCCGAGGAAAUCGUACCAGGGGACGCCUCUAUUAGAGAUAGAAAUUCCUUCACCGUUGCGUGUUGUGCAGUAGUUACUGUGUACUGUAUUCUUGGGAUUGCUGCUGAGCACCAACAAGAACUGCGAAUAGCUUCAAAAAAGAAUUCUGUAUUUAAACCUAGUUUCUAAAAGAUACUUUGUACAAUUCAAUCUUUGUUUAUAUUUCAGUAUGUGUAGCUGUUUUUUUUUUCCAAAUCCACACUUAUUCUAAAAGAACUUUUUAAUUUCCUUUUUUAUUUUAUACUGCUCUUAUGACAUUUGGAAGAAAUUUUCAAAAUGCAAAGCAACAGUAUUUGACAUUCCUAAGUCCAUCUUUCUAAGGCACCGUGGUAAAGUUAAUAGGAGAGAAAUUAAUGUACAACGUUGUUUUGAUGCAAUCUGUUGUUCUCGUUGUCAUGUCCCAGCAAUGUGAUAUAUUACAGGAUUGAGAUCACACUUAAAAUUAUACAAGCGAUCCAUGGCCAAAUAUAGGAACUUCCAAGGUGUUCUGGCAUAUUUUCCAACGUGUGCCAUCAGAAAAAAUAUCAUUACUAUAAAGCAUGUGCUUAGGAAUACUAGCACUGGCAAUUCAAAAAUUUGGAUCUGAUACUUUCCUAAUUGAAAUACCUGUUGAACGUUUUAACCUGUUUAGUGCCCCCCCCCCCCCCCCCCCCCCCCCCCCCCCCGUAUACUUGUUUUGCUUAGUGACGUUUUAUGACUGCGUGAUGAGUUGUCCUUGACCUAGAAAAAAACUGGCACAGGGUGGCCUUGAAUGAAAGAAAAUCUUGGUAGUGAACAGGUUAAUCCUGUUCAACAGCAGAUAAUGUUUCUCUAGUCCCCUUGGUAAAGUUUUACUGACAAAUCUGGGUGUCUCCAUGCCCCUUUUCUACCCGAAGUUUUUCUCAGUGGCCACUAUUUUUCCAGUUGGAAUGAUGGGACGUUUUUUUUUUAAAUUGAAGAUAGAAAUGUGCAGAUUUGGUGUGGACCAGAUGUUUGAAGCUCCGAACCGGCAAUUAAAUAUUUUUCCAUUCAGUAAGUAAAUGUCACUAUUCCUAUGGAUGAACACCUGGUAAAUGCAGUGAUAAACCUACUAGUGAUAUGUGCAGUAUUUAUGCUAUUUGUUCCAUCUUUAUGGUCUGUACGUAUUUACUAGAGUGUUAAAGAACUAACGUACUACAUUUGAGGAAUACUUAUAGUUGAAAGAAUAAUUUGUUAGAUUCCAUAACAUGUCUGCAUUUUUGCUUUGGAUCCCUGCUUCAUUGUCCAUCUCCAUGGCCAGUCUUGAUGUCAAAUGUCAUCUCACUGUGCCUUUGCAGUGCACAAUGGGUUUCAUUUGGAUAUCAGAAGCGAGCUGUGAAUAAUGAUUUACUGAACUAUAUCCAUCACUUCCUUAGUUUGUAUCCCUGUCCUCAAUAAACCAUUAGUUAAUAA